AUGGUCUAUUUCAAUGGCACUUUGAUCAUCUCUGUCUUUGAAGCUAAAGAUCUCAAGCCAACCAAUUUUUCUACCAGACAUCAAGUUGUCAGUGUAAGAGGAUUGAAGGCUAGUUUAGAUUCAUAUGUCACAAUUGACGUCGAUGAUAAGGUGCUGGCCCGAACCAAAACGAAGCAGAAAACAUAUUGCCCAGUUUGGAAUGAGAAGUUUACAGCUGAAAUUCAUAAUGGUCAAAAUUUGUGCAUCACCGUCUUCCACGACACAAACAUUCCGCCGGAUGAGUUUGUGGCAAAUUGCAUUAUGACCUUCGAGGAGUUCAUCACUAUGGGGGAGGCUGCAGAAACCUGGAUAAAAUUGGAGCCCAGUGGUCAAUUGAAAAUAUCAGCUGACCUCAAUGGAACAUUCUGUGAAGGUGACCUACCAAAAGAGCGCAUCUUCAAGGAGCAUGCUGGUCCCCACCACAAAAGGCACGGUGCCAUGAAGAGGCGGGUUCAUCAGGUCAGGGGUCACAAGUUCAUGGCCACUUUCUUCAAACAACCUACCUUCUGCUCUAUAUGCAAUGAUUUCAUUUGGGGCUUGACAUCACCACAAGGGUACCAAUGUCAAGUAUGUACAUGCGUCGUUCAUAAAAGAUGCCACCAGGACAUCAUAACGAUCUGCCCUGGAAUGAAACAUUCGAAAAAUAAAAAUAACGAAGUGCCAGGUCACAGGUUCAAGAUUGAGGUGCCACACAGGUUCAAGGUGCACAAUUACAAGAGGUUCACAUUCUGCGACCACUGUGGCUCGCUGCUCUAUGGAUUGUUCAGACAGGGGCUGCAAUGUGACGCCUGUAAACGCAACGUGCACAAGAGAUGCGAAAAAAACAUCCCAUUCGAUUGUGGCAUCAACACCGGGCAGAUGGGCAAGAUUCUGAAGGAGUUGGGGCUGUCAGGGGAGAGCCACAACGUCCCUGCUUCAGCUACCACAAAUGCUUAUCAUAAUCAUCAUCAUCAUCAUCUGGCUGCUUUGUCACUAUCAUCAUCAACUGAUAAAAUACCGUCUUCGUCAUCGUCCCCGUCGUCUUCGCUGUCGUCGUCGUUUGGUUUUUUGUUGAGUGAUUUUACUUUGAUAAAAGUUCUGGGGAAGGGAAGUUUUGGAAAGGUCUUACUGGCGGAGCACAGACCAACCUCAUCUCUCUAUGCACUGAAGGUCUUAAAAAAGAGUUCCGUUCUAAUGGAUGACGACGUCGACUGUGUCAUGACGGAGAAGAGAGUUCUCUCACUCAAUGCCAAACAUCCAUUUCUUACUUCAAUUCACUUUUGCUUUCAAACUGAGGACAAGUUAAUCUUCGUGAUGGAGUACAUGGCGGGAGGCGAUCUGAUGUUUCAAAUUCUGGCAGCCCAGAAGUUCGAUGAGAAAAGGACGCGCUUCUAUAGUUCAGAGGUCAUACUAGCGCUCAUGUUCCUCCAUAAACAUGGAGUCAUUUACAGGGACUUGAAACUGGACAACAUAAUGCUGGACAGCGAAGGCCAUUGCAAAAUAGCAGACUUCGGCAUGUGCAAGGACAACAUGUUUCCUGGAGACACGACCUUGACAUUUUGUGGCACGCCCGACUACAUUGCACCUGAGGUACUGCAAGAGCAAGAGUACAACUACACAGUAGAUUGGUGGACGAUGGGGGUGCUGAUGUAUGAGAUGAUGGCGGGACAGCCCCCGUUUGAUGGAGAGAGUGAGGAAGAUCUUUUUGAAUCCAUUCAGUGCGAUGAACUUCUCUUCCCUGUGUGGCUCUCCAAGGAAGCAGUGUCUGUCUUGAAAGGGUUCAUGACGAAGGACCCGUACAAGAGGCUGGGAUGUGUGGAGGAGUUAGGGGGAGAGGAGGCCAUAAAGAAGCAUGAGUUCUUCCAGGGCAAGAUCGACUGGACAGCCGUCGAAGAAAGGAGGGUGGAACCACCUUUCAAACCAAAAAUUAUGUCACGCUAUGACGUGAGCAACUUCGAGACGACCUUCACCGACACGAGACCGACCUUGACUCCAACCGACUCCAAGGUCAUUAGAAACAUCAGUCAGAAGGAGUUCCACGGGUUUUCUUUUAUCAACCCUGACUUUGGUUAG